UAUGAACAAAAAGAUAAUUUUAUUCGGUUUGAUAUGGCUAACUUUGUAAACAGGCAGGAUGCUGGAUGACAAUGUAAGCUAACGUCAGCUAACGCUUCUUCUCACGAUAAGGAACUAGCUAAUCAUAGUUAUGUUGACCUAAUCCCUGCUCUUCUUUACUGCUCUCACUGGGCUAACAGACCAUGGAGCUAACUGGCUUAGCAGUUUACCUAAACCGCACAAAUGUAACGUUAUGUGGUUUAUAAAAGUAACGUUAGCUAGGUAGUGGUACGGUCCGGCAAGUUUGAGUCCAGCUUGUUAACAGUAGCUGAGGAGGGCAUUUGGACGGUUGAGAAUGAGACGCCUGCUAAGCUUGGUCGUUGAUGCCCGUAAAGUAAUCCGGACCAUGUGGUACGCUGUCUCCCCGCACAAGCUAAAAACUACAUCUGUCCUGCUGUGCACCUCGUCUUUCCAGGGGGACAGCAUUUGCAACGGGACGCAGGGCAGCAAAAAGGCGUUGCUGUCAGAUCCUCGGCUGUUUGACGCCCAGUUUGACGAGCUGGUGAUGGAGCUCUCAGAGCGGGACCUCACAGAUCCAGCGUUGGCUGAUGCUCUGAACAGGUUAAAAGAGGUGUUGGUGUACAAUUCACCUGGAGGUAAGAGGAACCGAGGUCUGUCUGUGAUUGGCUCACUGAGGGAGCUUCUGCCACCCACUCAGCUCACACAGGACACCGUGCGGCGGGCUCUCGUGGUUGGAUGGUGCAUUGAGUUGCUUCAGGCCUUUUUCCUCGUGGCAGAUGAUAUCAUGGAUGCAUCCGUGACUCGGAGAGGACAACCCUGCUGGUACAAGAAGGAUGGGAUAGGUCUCGAUGCCAUCAAUGACUCAUUUCUCCUAGAGGGCUCCAUCUACAGGCUGCUUCGCAGACACUGCAGGGAUCAGCCGUACUACGUCCACCUACUGGAGCUAUUUACUGAGACAACUUUCCAGACUGAGCUGGGCCAAGCUCUGGACCUCAUGACGGCUCCUCCCGGUCAGAUUGACCUGAACAGAUUCACCAUGGAGAGGUAUAAAGCUAUUGUAAAAUACAAGACUGCCUUUUACUCUUUCUACCUCCCGGUGGCAGCUGCAAUGUACAUUGCAGGAAUUGAGAGUGAAGAGGAACACAAUAAUGCCAAACAUAUCUUACUUGAGAUGGGAGAGUUCUUUCAAAUACAGGAUGACUACUUAGACUGUUACGGAGACCCUGCUGUCACAGGAAAGAUCGGUACAGACAUCCAGGAUAACAAAUGCAGCUGGCUGGUGGUGAAGGCCCUGCAAAACAUGACUGCUGAACAGAGAACAGAACUGGAGGCAUGUUAUGGGCGCCAUGAUGAUGCCUGUGUGGAAAAGGUCAAAGAGCUUUACAGCACCCUGCAAAUGCCAACACUGUACCACAGGUAUGAGGAAGAGAGCUACCAGCGGCUACAGAAACUCAUCGCUUGUCAUGCUCAGAACCUUCCUCACUCGGUCUUCCUCAACUUUGCUAAGAAAAUCUACAAGAGGAACAAGUGAGAGGAAACGGUGGUCAUAAACAGCGUCAGGUGCAUCAGACUGGAUCCCGUUUGACUUUCCUCAUGAUGCACAGCUCAGCUCCUCUCCCUGUAAGAUGGGUUUGCCGGGUACGAGGCUCUGACUCCAAACAGGCAUGACCUCAACAGCAUUUGGAAAUCCUGCUGGUAGUUUCUUAACAUUGCAAUGAGUUGUAGAUAUUUGGUUGUGAAUGUCGUCAAGCACCUCUUUUGCUCCACACUACCUAUUUAUUGAAACCAGUGCGUAGUGUAAAUCAUCUCCAGCUGUUUCUCCACUGAAGAAUCCCGUGGAUGUAAGAGACACUGAAAUGAGUCGCACGUGGAUCUGGUCUAGCUUUCAUAUUGGUUUGCCCUGAGGAGUGCAUGGCAGCAUAAAGACACAGAUAGGUUUUAAUUUAUAGGAAUAGAUGUAUUAGUUGAUGGGGAUCGAACAUGUAUGACAGCAGAUGUACAGAGGACAGAGGGUCCAGCUUCAUUAGCUUUGUAAUUCAAAUAUUUUUAUAUUGCUGCUGUAAAGUCUGCACUGGUCUGAAUGUAAUUACUUUUAAUAAAUAAUGUAUGAAUUUCAUUUAUUUUCUCUUUACUCUCUAUUUCUUAAUAAAUGUUAAUAAAAACAGACAACAAUUCACUGGUUUAAAUAGACCAAACAAAUCAACUAUUUUGAUAAUUGUCAUUUUUAAAACAAGAAAUGACAAAGUUUCUACUUCCCUCCUUUCAGAUGUGAGGAUUAGAUGCUUCUGUUUGUUUUAUAUGAUAGUGAAUUGAACCUUUAGGGCAUUUUUGACUAUUCUGGGACUUCCAGUUUCAGGAUUACCACUGUGAACACGCAGCUUUGCAAGCUUCCAAUUAAUAAACGCUGGAAGAAGUUGAACUACAGCAAAGCUACCCUCACGAGAAUUCAAAAUUGUUCAACUAAAGCUACUUCAAAAGAGCCGUUAAAUAUAUAAAAUAUCCCACUAUUUAUUGGGAAAUACAAGGAAUGUCAGUUUUGGUUUUGUAUACAAUGUUCUCCAGACACCUGCCUUCAGAAACUAGAUUCUAGGUGGGGGUAUUACACUAAGCUAAUUACUUAGUUAGCAAGGUAGCUUCCUAUGUAGCAUACAACAUCUCCUCUGAACAUCAGUUAAUAAAUAAUACAAGAAAUAAUAAUCAAUACUUGUGAAAGGGGGUUCAAUUACAGUGCCACAAGAAAUGCCAAAUCAAAGUAGUGUAACUUCUUGAAUCGCCAUGCAAAUAUGAAUGUAGGUGAGCUCCCAGCAAGCUACUGCAAAAUGUAGUUAAACUACUAGUUUAAUUAAAUGUAGCUAACUACUCCCCAACACUGACAUGGGUGGAUUAUGAGACAAUGCACAGACAUGUAAAAGGCCCCACCACCUCUCCUACACAGGACUGGAAACACACACAGACUUCGUGGUGACUUUGCUUCCUUUUUUUGCCGAUGUCAUCUUGUGUCUCAUCAUAGUCAUUUUGAGUCCGUUUUUCAUUGAUGUGCCCGUUUUUGUUGUUCUAUUGUCUCUUUGAGGUUGGUUUUUGGGCAAUUUUGUGUCCUUUAAGGUAAUUCUGUGUCUCUCUGUAGUCAUUUUGUGUCUCACUGAGGUAUUUUUGUGUCUUUUUUCGUGUCCCUGUAGUCAUUUGUGGUUGUUUGCCCCUUUUUUGUGAUUGUUUUGUGUCUCUUUGAGGUCAUUUGUAAUUUUUUUUAGGGAAUUUUGUGUCUUUUAUGGUCAUUUUCUGUCUCUUUGUUUGUUUUGCCCCUUUUUGUAGUUAUUUUGUGUCUCUCUGUAGUUACAUUGUGUCUCACUGAGCUAUUUUUGCGGGUUUUUGAGGUUAUUUUGUGUAUUUUUUCGUGUCCCCAUAGUCAUUUGUGAUUGUUUUGUGUCUCUUUGAGGUAAUUUUGUAGUUUUUUUUAGGUAAUCUUAUGUCUUGUUUGGUCAUUUUCUGUCUCUUUGUGUUAGUUUUGCCCUUUUUUGUCGUUAUUUUGUGUCUCUUUGCAGUUCCUUUGCAUCUCUUUGUUGUGUUCUUGUUUUAUUACUUUGUCUCUGUGCUUAUUUUGUGUCUCUUUUUGUUGUUUUGCCCCCUUUUGUGGUCAUUUUGUGUUCCUUUGAGGUCAUUUUGUGUCUCUUUUUCCUUUUUGAAGUUAUUUUGUCACUCUUUUUGGUUGUUUUGUCCCGUCAUGUAGUUAUUUUGUGUCUCUUUGAAGUAUUUUGUGGGAAGUUUUUAGGUAAUUUUGUUGUCAUUUAGUGUCUGUGUUUGUUUUGCCCCUUCUUUUUGUAUUUAGUUUUUGUCUUUGAGGUAAUUUUUGUGAGUUUUUUUUAGGCAUUUUUUUGUCUUUUUGUUGCCAUUUUCUGUCUCUUUGUGUUUGUUUUUCCCCAUUUUUGUGGUUAUUUUUGUCUCUUUGCAGUUCCUUUGCAAUUUUUUGUUGUCUUCUGUGUACCUUCCGGACUGGUACAUGCGAAUUUGUGUGACAUUUUGCAGGUGAAGGCCAGGGGCUCCCAGACACCUGGGGCCCUUGGGCCUGUACUCUAUAGGCCUGUUCAGUAAUUCAUCCAUGAUGGCGACAUUGCAUACAAUUGUAAAGAAUUAAAAGAUACAUUAAGAA